UGCCCCUCCCUCUAUUCAUGCACUCUCUAAAUAAAUGGAUAAAUAAAAUCUUUUUUAAAAUUACUUAAAAAAGAAAAGAAAGGAAAAUGUAUAGUUGAAUAAGUUAUAAAGGGAAGACCCUCGUUAGCACCCAAGGCUAGAAACAGAACUCGGCCAGCUAUUUCAGAAGCCAGCUAUGUGCCCGAUCCUAUCACAACUCACCCUCCUCCCCUAAGUAACCACAGUCCUGACAUUUAUGGUAAUCACUUAGGAGGAUUUUAUUUUAAUGGGACUAAAGGUUUAGCUAUAAAUAAUCACUAAUGGUAGAAUAUUAGGCACUCAAAGGGUGUUUCGGGGAGCCAUGAGAGGUAGCCAGAUCUCAGCACACUUAAAAUCACAUCAUUUCAUACAGUUAGUUCCCUCUGUGCCUAUGAUUAAAACACACCUCACUGGAAAGGAUCCACAGAAGUCCAAGUCCAGCCUGGCUGCCUGACUCCCAUCCACUGGUCCAGAAAGCUCCAUACCCCACAGUCUUUCCAAGGCAAAGCAAAAGUAGGUCUCAGCUCACAGUGUUUGGGAGAGCUCCAGGGACUAUUUGUCUCUGCUGCUGACAUGUGAGAGCCCAGAACAUUGCCAAGACUUCCCUGGGUCUCGGUCUCAGUGUGUAGUAUGGGGCCAUAAUGAAGCCUUUUGUGAUUCCCCUAUAUUCUUCUCCUAACUUGGUCCCCUUUCCUCAGUCUCGGUUUCUGUCUCAGGUACCUGUUCAUUGACCUUGCAAGAAGCUCAUCACCUUUCUUUCCCCCUGGGCGUCUUUCCAAUCUCGUGCUCCACUUUUUGGCCUUGAUUCUUACAAUACCAUGAGUCUGCAUCAUCUCUACACACAUCUUUAUAAACUCACACGCAUGUCCUCGCACAUGGGAGGUGCUGAACAAACGUUCAUAGAACGCAUACAUGUAAAGAAAACAAAUGAAUUGUUUCAUGCAUUUAUGUUAUGCAUAAUAUUCAGCGAGUGCCCAAAAUGUACAGAGAUACUAACCCGUCCCUCAAUCCUCUAGGAUCGUUCCUCUCCUCCCUUUCUCCUCAUCUUUCUCCUUCCCUGUCCUGCUUCUUUUUUCCUUCCCCUGUGCCUCAGAGCUAGACGGAGUGCCCUGAAAGGCAGGGUGCGGAGACACAGAAGCAGGCCGGUGGAACAGACACCCUGGAAAGGAGCCAGAUGAAAUCAGGGCAAAGACAGCUGUGUAACAUGCAGGGAGAAACUGUGUGGAAUGAGAAGCAGUGAUUCACGGAGCACCGCAACUCAGACACUCCUUGGGUUUCACUCUGAGAGCUACUGCAGGACUGGGGUCAGUGAGGGCUGAUAUCUAGAUGAAGGGCAGCCAGGCUCCUCCUCCUUUAAUCCUUUUCUAUCCACCCCUCCCCCAAUACUCCCUCACAUUGAUCAGUGUCCUGGGCCUUUAAGAGUUGGAAGGGCUGGACUGAGAAGAGAGCUCACACCUCUCCCCUCCCUACUCCUUCCCUUUGACUGCAAGUCUGCCAGUCACAGCAGCAAACUGCAGUAGAAAAGGGGAGGAAGACAGCGAAAGGAGCAAGAGAGGAGAGAAAGAGCCCAGCUGGGUUUCCUGGUCCCACAGGAGAGAGCAUCGCACAGCUCACAGACACAGGACUGCUAUCCUGCCCACGGUGACUCUGGCACCAGCUGGUGGAGCGGUGGGUGAUGGCCUCUCUGAUGCAGGGCCGGCUGCCUAUCAGUCAGGACUUGCUGAUGAUGCAGAAGGGCAUGCUGAUGCGCAAGGUGAGGUCCAAAAGCUGGAAGAAACAAAGAUACUUCAGACUUCAGGAUGAUGGCAUGACAGUCUGGCAUUCCCGGCAGGCAGGCGGCACUGCCAAGCCCACCUUCUCGAUCUCGGAUGUGGAGAGAGUGCGUGAGGGCCACGAGUCUGAGCUGCUGCGCAGCCUGGCAGAGGAGCUCCCCCUGGAGCAGGGCUUCACCAUCGUCUUCCACGGCCGCCGCUCCAACCUGGACCUGGUGGCCAACAGCGUCGAGGAGGCCAAGAUAUGGAUGCAGGGGCUCCAGCAUUUGGUGGACUUUGUCACCGGCAUGGACCAACAGGAGCGGCUGGACCAGUGGCUGAGUGACUGGUUCCAGCGUGGAGACAGGAACCAGGAUGGUCGGAUGAGUUUCCAUGAAGUCCAGCGGUUACUGCACCUGAUGAAUGUGGAAAUGGACCAAGAAUAUGCCUUCCAGCUUUUCCAAACAGCAGACACGUCCGAGUCUGGGACUCUGGAGGGAGAAGAGUUUGUACAAUUCUAUAAGGCGCUGACUAAGCGUACUGAGGUGCACGAGGUGUUCGAAAACUUUUCGGCGGAUGGGCAGAAGCUGACCCUGCUGGAAUUCGUGGAUUUCCUCCGAGAGGAGCAGAAAGAAGGAGAGCGAGCUUCUGACCUCGCUCUGGAACUCAUCGAUCGCUAUGAGCCCUCAGAUAGCGGCAAACUGCGACAUGUGCUGAGCAUGGACGGCUUCCUCAGCUACCUCUGCUCGAAGGACGGAGAUAUCUUCAACCCAACCUGCCUCCCCAUCUACCAGGAUAUGACUCAACCCCUGAACCACUACUACAUCAACUCCUCUCACAACACCUACCUCGUGGGGGACCAGCUUUGUGGCCAGAGCAGCGUCGAGGGAUAUAUACGGGCCCUGAAGAGGGGGUGCCGCUGCGUGGAGGUGGAUAUAUGGGAUGGACCUAGCGGGGAACCUAUCGUUUACCAUGGACACACCCUGACCUCCCGCAUCCCAUUCAAAGAUGUCGUGGCCACUGUAGCCCAGUACGCCUUCCAGACAUCAGACUACCCGGUCAUCCUGUCCCUGGAGAACCACUGCAGCUGGGAGCAGCAGCAGGUUAUGGCGAACCAUCUGACCGAGAUCUUGGGGGAGCAGCUGCUGAGCACUACCUUGGACGGGCUGCUGCCCACUCAGCUGCCGUCACCUGAGGAGCUUCGGAGGAAGAUCCUGGUGAAGGGAAAGAAGUUAAGGACACUUGAGGAAGAUCUUGAGGAAGAGGAAGAGGAGGAAGAGUUAGAGUCUGAACUGGAGGGGGGGCAGGAAGCCGACUCGGAGCUGGAGGCCCAGUUGGAGUCUGAGCCCCAGGAGUUGAGCCCGCGCAGUAAGGACAAAAAGAAGGAGAAGAGAUCCAAACCCAUUUUGUGCCCGUCCCUCUCUGCCCUGGUUGUCUACUUGAAGUCUGUCCCAUUCCACAGCUUCACUCACUCGAAGGAGCACUACCGCUUCUAUGAGACGUCAUCUUUCUCUGAAAGCAAGGCCAGAAGCCUCAUCAAGGAGGCUGGCAAUGAGUUUGUGCAGCACAAUGCCUGGCAGUUAAGCCGUGUGUAUCCCAGUGGCCUGAGGACAGAUUCAUCCAACUACAACCCCCAGGAACUCUGGAACGCAGGCUGCCAGAUGGUGGCCAUGAAUGUGCAGACCGCGGGGCUUGAGAUGGACAUCUAUGAUGGGCUUUUCCGCCAGAACGGUGGCUGUGGCUACGUGCUGAAGCCUGACUUCCUGCGUGAUGCCCAGAGCUCCUUCCACCCCGAGCGGCCCAUCAGCCCUUACAAAGCCCAGACCCUCCUAAUCCAGGUGAUCAGUGGUCAGCAACUCCCCAAGGAGGACACGAGUAAAGAGAGGUCCAUUGUGGAUCCGCUGGUGAGAGUAGAGAUCUUUGGUGUCCGUCCAGACACAGCUCGGCAAGAGACCAGCUACGUGGAGAACAACGGUUUUAAUCCAUACUGGGGGCAGACGCUGAGCUUCCGGGUCCUGGUGCCCGAACUGGCCCUGCUGCGUUUUGUGGUCAAGGAUUACAACUGGAAAUCCCGAAAUGACUUUAUCGGGCAGUACACAGUGCCUUGGACCUGCAUGCAGCAAGGUGGGCCAGUCCUCCAACCCCUGGCCACCACCACCCGGGCUCUGGCUGCCCUUCUAAUGCCCUCCUCCUGCCCCUCUCCAGGCUACCGCCACAUACACCUGCUCUCCAAGGAUGGCAUCAGCCUCCAUCCAGCUUCCAUCUUCGUGAAUAUCAGCAUCCGGGAAGGGCUGGAGGGGGAUGAAUCCUAAGGUGGGCACUACUUGGGAAGGGUGGGUGCACUGGCUUGAGAUGGUAAGAAAAACCUGGAAGGAUGCUCCAGAAAGCAAACAGAGGUGGUAAAAAGCAAAUUUUGGACUGUGCAUUCCUAAGCACAAAAUUACCUCACCCUUCCGAACAAGCAAAUCUAGGACCUGAUUUUUCACUCUCUCUCUCUCUUCCCUUUCUUCAUUUUUACAAGUCUGUGGUAUCAUUUCUGCUCCCUUCCUUCACCUACUCUAUAUUGGAUUUCCUUCCUUCCUCUUGCCAUAGGCUCAAUCCCCUAUCCAGAUCUAGGACUAACCUCUCUCAUCAACCCCAGCUCAAAGCCUGGCUGCAGCUAGAAACCCAGAGAGGGGCUUGGAGCAGAGGGACACCAAGAGGCAUUAUCCCCUCCACCCUAACUUCCUCAAAAUCCAGAGCCCAGGGGAAGAGAAAUUGAGCCUCAAGGCUCCCCAGGCAAAGGCUGGGGAAGGACACCGGACCCCAGGACUAUGCUACAACUCGCAAGAGAACACCGCACAGCUGAGCCCCCACUGGACCGCUCUCCCCUGGCCCCCUGUGUAUAAAUAGAGCUUUU